CUCGUGUCUCAAAUUCGAUGCUCAGCUAUCUCAGCAUCUGUCUUGAUCUUGACGGUGGUCUUUAGACAUUUCAUCUCUGUUGCUUUUAUAAUUUUUACACACACACAAACCAACUCAAUUAUUUAAAACAAUUAAUCAAUUAAAUAAAAUAAGCCGGAGUUUUAAUAUUAUUGAGCAUAAAGUUUGUUAACAAGACGUUUAAAAACAUAUAUCAACAUUAUCGAUGUGAUUUUUUUAUAUAUUCACCACCCCAGUAAAUAUAUCCCGCAUUCAUCAUCAAGGUACAACGCUUUUAUUUAUCUACAUCAUAUAUAUACAUAUAUAUAUUUUAAUGUGAAAAAACUCGCCUGCCGUGACCGAGCUCUUAUAAUCAUCACCCGUUUUUUUUAUUUCAACUAAACAAAAUUAAACAGUAGUAAUACAUACAUACAUAUACACAUAUAUAUAUAUAUAUAUACACAUAUAUAGAUGUUUGCAUAAAUUAAUAAAAUCGUAGUGCUGAUGGAAAGCGUCAAAUUUUAUUUUCCUAGAUUAAAUGUAUCGGGUUGUCGUGGAAACAGCUCUUGGGUAAUCAUGAUAAAACAUUAACAGUCAUGGGAAAUCAGUCAUAAUAAUUCCAAGGUAAUAUAUCACCACUUGAACCCUAGUUAAUUUGAGAAAAAACAAAAAAAAGUUUAAAGAAAUCAUCCAAAUGUUUAUUUGACAGUUAAAAACUGUCAUAAUUGAUCGAUAUUAUUAUUGAGUGGGUGGUAAUUGCAGGUAAUUAGAGUGUGGAUUUAUAUAAAAUGGCUAGACGUAAAAAAAGUGAUACUGGAGCAACUCAGAAACCAGCGAAUCCAGUUCCUGUGAGAAAGUCUACGCGACAAAGUGCCAGGAGAUUGUCUGCUGAUGAUAAAAAAGUUAAUGGAGAUGUUUCGCAGCCAACAGCAGCUGCUCGUGAUGACAAUCAGUUGAGUUCUGGUAAUAACGAUGACAGUGCCACGUUGCUGCCGAUAAAAGUUAAAAAAAAACGCGGUAGGAAACCAUUGAAUAGAAAUAAAGUAAAUAAUGAGGCUGCGGGUGUCAAUUCAACGCAGGAUAGUGCGCAGAGUAUUGCGAGUAAAGAUCAGGAUGAAGUGACCAUCGUCGCGGAGUUUGAAGGUCAUGGUUUGCAGAGUAAAAAAGUUGAUGAUAAUGAAGAUGAUGAUGAUGACGACGUGGUUGUGAUUGGAGAAAAUUCAAAUGUUAUGACUGAUGUUGAUGAUUCCAGUCACAUGUUGUGGAAUGAUGGUGAAGUUAUUGAGGAGACGAUUAUCUGCGAAGAGAUGGAGGUCGAGGAUGGACGGUAUGACGAUAACAAUGACAUGGAGGAUUGUAUUGACGCUAGUGUGGUGCUCGAGCAAGUUCUUCUUGUCAAUGAGCAAAAUUACGAAGGUAAAGAAGUUGUUGAGUUUACUGUAAUACAAAAUGAAGACGGUACUGAGUCAAUGGUAAUGACAUCUGAGGAUAAUCGGUAUGAAUCAAGUGAGUAUGCUGAUGAUGUUACGUGUUUAAGUAACGAUAAUGAUCAAGUUUUAGUUGAAGAUGAUCAAGUUUUAGUUGAAGAUGAUCAAGUUUUAGCUGAAGAUAAUAAAGUCUUAGCUGAAGAUGAUCAAAUGUUAGCUGAAGAUAAUAAAGUUUUAGCUGAAAAUGAUCAAGUUUUAGCUGACGAUGAUCAAGUUUUAGCUGAAGAUGAUAAAGUUUUAGCUGAAAAUGAUCAAAUUAUAGCUGAAGAUGAAGUUUUAGCUGAAGAUGAUCAAGUUUUAAGUAAAAUUGAUGAAAUUUCAAUUAAAGAUGACCAAGUUUCAAUGGAAGAUAAUUCAGUUUCACCUAAAGAUGAUCAAGUCUCAUUAAAAAAUGAUGAUGAUAAAGCUCCAGCUAAAGAUGAUGAAAUUGUAACUAAAAAUGAUGAAAUUUCAAGUACUGAUGAUGUAGUUUUAACUGAAGAUGUAGUUUCAGCUAAAGAUGAUCCAGUAAAACCAGCAGAUGACGUAAUAACAAUUAGAAAUAAUGUAGUUUUAGCAAAAGAAGAUAAACAAUUGAGUGAAAAUAAUGUUAAUGUAGAUGAUAAAGUAGUAGCUAAUGAUAAUGACUCUAAAUCGAGUGAUAAAUCUGAUAUUACUAAUGAAAAGACUAGUUCUGUUAAUAAUACUAAAGUUAAGUUAAGUAAACCAAGUGAAAUUUCGGAUAAGUCUAGUGUAAUUGAAGCAAUAAUUGCUGAUGCGUCGCGUGUAUCAUCGCCUUCAUCGCCGGUUGUCGCCGAGAAUGGAACAUCAGACUCGUCGAGUUCAAAUCCCGUAACGUUUAAACGCAAGAGAGGACGACCGCGAAAAGAACAUUCGAUAUCACCUAGUGAAUUAGAAAAAAGUUUAGCAACAAUUACGAUAAAUGAAGUACCUAAAGACACGUCUGUUGAUAUGAUAGAUGUAAGUAAGUCUUCAGGUGAUGUAAGUAAUUCUAAUAAUGAUUCUUCUUUAGUUAUUAAUAAAUCUGAAUCACUGCCAUCUGAACCAACACAACCACCGACUGAAGAAAUCGUACCAGCUAAUGACAGCAGUAGCGUGAUAGUAAAACCUGAUGACGUUGUUGUUGGUGAAGAAAAAUUGAGUUCUGCUUUCAAGGAAGAGAUUGAAGUUACGGAGAUACGGGUUUUAGAUCGCACUCCGACACCAACGGAUGGAUUUAAACAGAAUAAAACUAUUGAUCGACCGCAGAGUGUCGAAGAACUGUCGCGGGAAAGUGGAAUGGAUGUAAAGACAGACUCUGAUGACGUUAAAUUGUCUAGUAGCAGCGAGAACAGUAAUGACACGUCUGUGUCAUUGAACGGCAUCAAGUUGCCCGAGUUUGGAGACAAAACCGCGGCGAUUAGUGCCAGUGAGGGUGACAAGAAGGUGGGAUUUCGCAGCAGGAGUGGAAGCACCGACACCACGGGAUCUGAAAGUGGAUCCAAUAGUUCGACUGUACGUCGGAGUAGUAGAAUUAGGUCUCAGGGUUUGAUGAACAAGCGGUCUCGUGGCCGUGGUCUGGUUACCAAACCCGUUGCUGAUUUGCUGAAAAUACCAUCGCAAGACCGGGAAAAACUUCAAGCAAUCAAUGUGCCAGCUGUUCAAGCCUUGAGAGAUACGAUGGACAGCCAAUCAGAGACUCAGUCUGAUAAAGAGAAUAGUAUUAAAGCUCCAUUGUCUGAAUUUAACUCUGUUGCUUCUAGUUCAAUUACCGGCUACGAUUCUGACUCAACUAAACCCGUAAAAGUUAAAUCACGGUGGCGGAGAUCCAGCGAAUUGGAGAUGGGUCACGUUGGAUCACGCCUUGCUUUCGGUGGACUCACUGCCGCUCCAACUACGAGUGAAUCAUCAAAUUCUUUGGCAACUGUAUCGGAAAAUGUUGCCACGAGUAUUCCAUUAUUUCCGUCAGGAUCACGAGACGUUGAUUCAAUAAAAGAUUCAACAGUAAAUUCAAAUAAUUCAUCACCAGUACCUUCGAUUAUUCAACCAGCCGUUCCUGAAGAACGUGACAAAGAAAUAGAGGAUCGGUUAAGUCAGUUUGAAUAUUUAAAGGAAAAUUUAUAUCUCACUGAGAGGUAUACUAAUAAAGAAACCAAGCGCAUGGUCUGCGAUUGUUUUUUAACAGAGGAAGAGGUCGAGAGAGGUGAAUUGGGGUGCGGGGAAGACUGUUUGAAUCGUUUAUUGAUGAUAGAAUGUGGCUCCAGGUGUGUUGUAAGUGAUAGAUGUACCAAUAGAAGGUUCCAAAGUUGUUCUUACGCAAAGUGUGAAGUAUUCAGGACUGAUAAAAAAGGUCUGGGUUUACGUGCCACCGCGGAUUUGGACGCUGGUGAAUUUAUAAUGGAGUACGUCGGCGAAGUUGUUGAUCCUAAAGAUUUUCGCAAGCGUGCUAAAGAAUAUUCGAAGGAUAAAAAUAAGCAUUACUAUUUUAUGGCUCUUAAAUCUGAUCAAAUAAUUGAUGCGACAAUGAAAGGCAACAUUUCCCGAUUUAUAAAUCACAGUUGCGAUCCGAACGCCGAGACACAGAAGUGGACAGUAAAUGGUGAACUGCGUAUUGGUUUUUUCAAUCGUCGUUUUAUUGCGGCCGGUGAGGAAAUUACAUUCGACUAUCACUUUCAGAGGUACGGAAAGGAAGCACAGAAAUGUUUUUGCGAAUCAACGAACUGUCGGGGUUGGAUUGGAGAAACUCCGGAGGAAGAGAAUGAGAAAAUAGAAAAGAAGGAGACACGAGAACGGGAACGUGACCGCGAUGUCAAGAAGAAACGGGAAGUCAAGAAGGUUUAUGUGGAAGAUGAAGAUCUGGAAGAGGAGAUCGACAAGCUGUGCAUGGGUGGACUGAAGAACCGGGCGCAUACCUUGAUGCUGAGUCGAUUGAUGGUACGUAGCAGAGAGAUCGAACAUCGAACGAGGCUGCUGAAGCUUAUACAGUGCGGAGAGCAGCCUUGCAGACGUCUCUUCCUUGAUUAUCAUGGUCUGCGUCUUAUGUGGAGCUACAUGAUGGACGUCGCUAACUUGGAAACUGAAGAGGCUCAAAUGUUUAGACUUGAACUGCUCAAGACUCUCAGUACACUGCCAAUUCCUAACAAAACUAUGCUGAUGGACAGCAAAGUUUAUAGUGUUGUACAAAAGUGGUCUGAUCAACAGUAUUUGUCACCUAAACCUGAAUCUCCUGAAGAAGAAGUGGAUAAAGAUAAAGAUAAAGACAAAGAGAAGGAGAAGGAGAAAGAAAAAGUUAAAGUUGUUGAAGAAGUUGAAGGUAACUGUGAUAGUAAUGACAAGUCUACUAAUGAAGGAACAGCGGGUCAGGUUAACAAAAAAACUGACAAAGCUGAAAAGGAAAGUGAGGUAACUAGUGGGGACGCGAGUCCAGCUGGACCUGAUCAUGUCAAAAGUAUUCAAGAGUUCGCGGCUAAUUUGCUGAAUGAUUGGCUGAGUCUCAAGGAAGUAUUUCGGAUACCAAAGAAAGAGAGGAUAGAACAGAUGAAAGAGCAUGAGCGUGAAGCUGACAGUGGUUAUAGAGAAGAUCUGAAGAAGGAAGCCAAGGAGUCGUCAUCCGCUUAUGACAGACGUAGAACUGAUAGGUAUGACAGGAGACGUGGCCGGGAUAGUCCUGAUGAUAAUAAUCAUCGGAAAGACAACAAGAGGACGAAUGAUGACAGAGGGAAUGGAGGCCCUUCGAUGCCGCGGUUGUCGAAGUACGAGAGAAGACAGUUGUUUGCGUUGAAAGUUGCCAAGGAAGAGGAAGAAAGAUUGCGGAGACAGCAGCAGGAAAUGUGGCAGGAACACGAAGCAAGAUGUCAUGGUCUUGGCAUGGAUCCUCAUACCACUGCAGCUGUUGACCCUCAAACAGGGUAUCCGUUGUUUUUUAACCCGACUCUUGGGCAGUGGCAGUCGUAUCCUCUGCAGGAGAGCCAGCAUCCUGAUAUGUUUAUGAAUAAUCAUCGAGUGAUGCCAAUUCCCAAUCAGAAUCCUCAUCCGCUGCCGCCAAAUCUCCCCAGUGAAAUUCCUCCAGGCAUGCCCCCUCCUCCUUAUGGUAUGCCGCAGCCUCCUGUUCCUUAUAAUGUUGUACCAAACCUAGCUCAUCCACCUCAGCCCCAACCGUUUCCUCCUGAUGUACAUUUACUGCCUAGUAAUUUAAUGCCAGUCCACAAUGGAUCCACGCCGCCUCUACCGAUUCCACCACCUCACGUUUUUAUUGAUAAACCUGUAGAGCAGCAAUUCACUCCAACGCCUAUGGAAACUGUUGAGGAGACACCGGAACCUCCAGUCCAGCAAAUAAUUGAAUUGCCGCCUAUUGAUCUUCCGCCCAAAUGGAAAUGUGCUAAGGAUGCACGUGGCCGGUGUUAUUUUUAUCACGUAAAAGAGAGAAUAGCUCAAUGGUUACCACCACCGCCAGUUCACAUCGGGGCUCCGCAUGACACUUCAUCCAGUGAAGAGUCCAGUGAAGAGUCCAGCUCGUCUGAAGAAGAAGUUGAUGAUCUAGAUGAUGAUGAUGAUCAUGAUGAUACUGAAUUGCUGAGAGGUGUUUUGGAACAAAUGAAAAUACCGACGAAACAAAAUCCUCGUGGUACUGCCGCCGUUCCUUCGGAACCCAAGAAGAGGAGAGACGGACUCGUUCAAGAAAGAAUAAUAAGUCCUCGAAGAGAAGAAAAAGUUGAUCACAGAAAGUACAAGGAAAUAAAAGAAAAACAGCGGAGACAUAAAGAGCGCGCAAAAUUAAAAGAGCAAAUGGAAAAAUUAAAGAAGCAUCGGCGUGCCAAUAAAGCUAAAUAUCAUGCACGACAUACGGCUAUAAAACUCCAAGCAAUUGCUGAGUCCAACGAACUAACAACUGAGAGAAAAAUAAAAGAUACUUUUAGAAUAAAUAUGGCUAAUGUGAUUGUCAGAUUUUUAAAUCCUUUUAGACAGCAUGACUGCAAGCAUGGACGGAUUACUAAUACGGAAGACUUUAAAUAUUUGGCACGAAAGCUCACACACUUUGUUCUCGCAAAAGAGCUAAAGCACUGCAAGAGCGUGGAUGAAUUGCAGUGUAAUGAAAACGUAAAACACAAAGCGAAAGACUUUGUACGAAAGUACAUGGGUAAAUUUGGGCCAGUAUAUCAAAGAUCAUCGGACGAGGAUUAAAUAUACAAAUAAUAUAGAUAAAAACUAUUUCAUUUAAUAAAAUUCAGAGCACUCAUAAUUAUUCUGAAGUAAUAAACAAAUAAAAUAGUUUUUUUAUCUGAUAUAAUUUAAAUUAAUGUAGAUAUAUUAUCAUACUAUAGUGAUAUUAAGAAAAUAGUUACGUAAGCUAGAUAAAAAUUUUUAUUAACGCGAUGGUAAUAUUGAUGUAUUAAUUAAUACUUAAAGUAAUUAUUUAUAAGCUCAUUUUUUUUACCAGUCCUUGUACAGUGUCUUGUAACUUUGCAUUAUUUACCUUUACGUUUUGUUAAAUAAUUUUUUUAAUUUGUCUUGCUAAUUUAUAACUAAGUGAUUUAUUGCUGGAAUUUAAAAGUGGACAUAUUUAUAUUAUAUAAUACAUGGAUUUAAAAAAUAAUUAUUUAGGUAACGAAAAAAAAAACGAAACAAAAAUUAUAAUUGAUGUUAAUAAUAAAUAAUAUAAGACUUUAAAUUUAUUGUGCUGUUUGGAAAUAUUGUAAAUACAGUCUAAUAUAGCCAAAUUUACACAACAGUAAUUGUCAUUGUUUAAAGUCUCUUCUCAUUAUUAUUAUUAUUAAAUCCGUCCUCUUUCGCUAUCUAAUCGAUAUGCAGAAUGCAACCUUCCGCAUGUAAUGAAUCGUUGCAGUUUUCUUAUUUCUUUAUUGUUGUUAUCUAAUAUUUUUAUUUUAUAUUAUUAUUAUUAUUUAUUGCACAUUAAUUAAGUUUUGUAAUUUAUUAAUUUGAUAGUCUAAUUGUAAAAAAAAAAUGUAAUCUACAGGA